GUUUGACCCAGGGGCAUGGCGGGGACAAGGUCCCCUAUUCGUCAUCGGAGUCCUCCCAUGUGGCAGCACAUCCACUGAGCCCGGCCACUGUAACAAUCACUAAAGAGCAGCCCAACCCCACGAUCCCGUCACUUCCAUUCCCUCGACAUCAUCUUCUUUCCCACCUUCUUCCAUUUCACUUUCCCAUCGUAUCGAAUACUACCUACCUAGCUCAUCUUAUCUGAGCGGCAUAUCUACACAGACAACAUGUCGGCACAAGACUACUACAACCAAGGCCAGCAAGGCGGAAACGGUGGCUACGGCCAGCAGCCUCCCCCGAACAACCCCUACGGCUACAGCCAGGGCCAACCCGCUCCCCAGUACCAGGGCCAGCAACAGGGCGGCUAUCCCCCCUACGGCGGCCAGCAAGACGCCCCCUACCCCCCUCACAACUCCUACUCCUCCCCUCCUCCUCAAGGUGGCUACCACCAAGCACCUCCUCAGUAUCACGGGCAAUCGCAAGACUACAGCCACCAGUCCUACGGAAACGCUCCCCCGCCCCACAAUCCCCAAGCGCCCUACGGCCAGCCACAGUAUGGUCAGGAUGGCCAGAGACAAUACCAUGACCAGAGCCAGCAGAGCUACGGCCAUCAGCAGGGAUACCCACCACAGCAUCAGCAGUACCCAGGCCAGGGCGGCCCAGGAGGUCCCGUAGGCCCCGAUGGUGAGCGUGGUCUCGGCGCUACGCUGGCUGGUGGUGGAAUGGGCGCCAUGUUGGCGCAUGCUGGUGGAGCAGGCACCCUGGGUGGUGUGGUAAGCGCAGUUGGAGGCGCGAUUGCGGCGAAUCUGUUGGAGGAUAAGCUCCAGAAGAAGAAGAAGGACAAGAAGGAUAAGCAUCACAAGAAGGACAAGCACCACAAGAAGGACAAGCACCGCGGCGGCGGCAGCAGCUCCGACUCGAGUGAUUCGGACUAAGGCUGGGGAUUGACUUGGUAGGGAUAAACGAGAGGUAAUGAUAGCCGUUUUGCGGACGGAGUAGUGGAUAAUGCGAUGACAUUUCCAGCAUAACACAGCAACUUGUUUCAUAUUCGUUCUCCAAAUCCACAAAUAAUGAACACCUGUCACGAAGCAAUUGUCUCGCAAACAUGACUGAAAAUCUUGAAUCCUUUCAGUCAAGCUAAGUUGGCCAGUUGAGCUGUCCAGCUGUUGCGUCUAUUCUCCAUGCCACAAUGGGACUAGGCAUUCGGCGGUGUACCAAACCCCAAGCGCCAUUACACGUGUACACUGACACCUUUCUUGGUCUCGUGUCCAGCUUCGUUGGUUCUCAUUGCUCACGAUUUUCGAAC